AUGCCUGCCGAGCGUGGCUUGGAAUCCCCUCGGGGAGCAUCUGCCCUCGCGACGGGAGCAGCUUGGCCUCGAAGUCGGGAUCCAUCUCAUCAGGUGACUCACCCUAGUCGCCCUUGGCAGUUCUCGGCUGCAUCUGGUCAAAUGAGCGGAACGUACUCACAAGAGCCACCCGGUGGAAUCCGUGGACAAGCAGGCGAAUGCGCGCCGGUGUCCGUACACCGCCUGGAUGAGUCCAGCGAGCACUGGGAAGACUCAGCUUCUCCUUGGCCUUCCCUCCAGCGUUCGCCGGUUCCUUCUCUGUCGACAGAGCCAGGAGCGGCGCCAGGCAGAUUUGUGCCGAAGCCAAGCACUCUCGACCCUUACGAACACGACAGGCGUUUUCUUCCGCAUGCAGAGUGCGCGCACGGCCGAGACUGUAUGCCUGGCCAGAGCACGAGUUCCUUCUCUUCCUCUCUCUCUGGAGCUUCACCGAGCGUUCAUGGCUUUCCCUCCGACUCGCGGAGCUGCUUUCCGUCUGUCUCGCCUUGCACAGCCCAGAUUCCUCCAGAGGCUGCUGCAGCCUCGCCUCUGCACGCUUCUGGACUCUCCCUCGGCUCCGCGUCUGUUUCCUCCCCUCUGCUGUCCCGUCUUCUUCUCUCCAUUCUGACCAGCCAGUCGGACGCGACACGGGUUGCUGCGCUCCUCAAGCUCGAGGCACUCGCGGUGGACCUCCUCGCCGAUACGCGGCGGCUGCACAUGACGCUGACUGUUCUGGACGCCGUCCUCUGCAAUGCGGUUCCCGUCGCGGUCGUGGCCUUGAGUCCGAACGUUCCCGACCCGUCUGAGCCUUCGCCCCGCGAACUCCGCGACCGUCUGCCCGCGGCGUCUCCCCUCGUCUUUCCGGAGGCGUCCAGCGGAGCCCGCGGCUCCGCAGCAAUGCCUCGACCAGCCGCGCCUGGCACAGCUGCUCCGUUCCCGCAGAGCCCGCCGACUGUCCCGUCUCUCUCCGGUACCGACACGGAGGCGCGGCUUUUGCACCGAUCUUCCCUCGAGCAAACCGAUCCCUUUUCGCAGUCGGGGAGUCACGGCCCAAGCGACGGUGCGGGGGCCUCGCAUGAAGAGCCCUCUCCUCCGGGACUUGCUCGUUCUUCGCCGGCGCACAGAGUGCGGAGCGGAACCACAAAAUCUCGGGUUGGAAGCGCGACCGGUCGGAACCUGUCCCCAGUGAAGGCGCCCCUGGGUUUCAGACGCGAUGCAGGCGUUGAUGCCGAUCCGCAAAGUGUCUACUGCGAUGGACCGGCCGUGCACUUCACGGCUCCUGGCGCCGUCCCGGACAGCCGGCGGAGCCCGGGAGAGCGCGGCCUGGCGGCUGGAUCGGGCCGAGAAUUUGCGUGCGAGAAGACAGACGACCGAGCUUCGGAUCCCAACCGGAAUCUAGACAAGUGUUUGGCCGGCUUCUCGACCGACGAACUUUCUGCAGUUGUCCAAAUUGACCUGUCCACCGAGUCCCCUUUUUUGGACGGAGCAGAUCCGGUUGGCCCAGACGCGCGGGAGUCCGGCGGCGACGACGUCCAUUCCGCAAGACUUGCGUUCGAGGCCGAGGCGAGGAACACAUCGCGGCCGCGGGCGUCCCUUCACGACCGCCUUCUCUUCCAGGACCAAAGCGCUGAGGGCGAAAGCUGGAGACGGGACGGGCAUUUGCGCGAGCGACGCGGAGACCAGACGGACGCUGAAGGCGAAGAGGGCGAAGCUGAUGCAAGGCAGGGCUAUGAGGCGUCGGGAAGCUGCUUUCAGACCCGCGCGGCAGCCGGUGGCCGGGGCGCAGGAAUGCCUUCACGCGUGAGCUCGCCUGCACGGAGUUCUCACGUGAACAGCACUUUUCGCGGUGCCGCGCAUGGCCAGAGAACGCGCCAGCAUCAGGGCACGCCUUCUACGUACGCCCCGGGAGCGGCGUCUCUUACGUGUCUCGACCCCGCUGUAGGCGGCUCUUUGCCCUCGAGUGGAGUCGAACCCGAAACUCACAUAGACGUUAUGAGCCGCCAGGUUGACAGCUCCAGAACGCUCCACCCACCUCAGCCCCCCCCAGAAGAUACAUCUCGUCAUUCGGCGUCUGGUGCGCUCCAGAGGGAACGCCUUUCGCGCUCCUUCGCGAACGCUCCGGGGCCGGCAGCCUCGUCUCUCAGGGGCGGAAGUGGUGCAAAGACGGGGAAGAGCCCCGCGUGGCCGACUCAGCACCCGCGCCAAGACACCGGGCACUCGUGCGAGACUCUUCCGACCUUUUGUCCCCGCCCUUCUCUAGUUGUGGGCCAGCCGUUCUCGGCUGUCGCCCGCCUCGUAUGCAUGCAGGUCUACACUGCGAUCUGCGUCUGCCUGGACCUCGUCCUCAUCGCCCCAGAGUGGGUGGAGCGACUGAUGGGGCUCCUUCACUCGAUUCUCCGGCGCACGAGUGUCCAUGAGGAUGCAGUCUUCCGGAGUUACGCAUGCGACUGUCUCCAGGAGUUAGAGCGAAACUGUCCAGGGUUGCUGUCGGCUUUCCUCGGGCCCGACUGGUUCGCGGGCCCCGGACUCGUUUCCACCUUGAGCACCACGACGCUGGAGCGCGUGUCUGCUUCGCCCAAGAAAUCCAGACCGUCGCCUCUCCUGUCGUCUCCGGCCGCAAACGCGCGACCCCUUUACCUCCUCGAUCUGCUCCAAACCGAACGGCAGCACGUGGCAGAGGCUUACGCAGGUCUGCUCGUGACGUCGGCGAGGCACGCCACAGAAAUGCUCGUCCAGGAGGCUGCAACCUGUCUCGUCGAGACGCGUGAAGAAGGCCUCCACGACUUCGUCGCUAGGGCUCCACGGGCGCUGCAUGCAGCCGCUGACGCGGUGAGCCGCACGGACGACGGCCCCCUCGACGGACUGCCGCCACCCAGCGGCGCGGCAGCACACGCGGCGGUUCCCCAAUCCAACCGAGCAGCGAGGCCUGGGGACGACGGCGCCCGAGCCUGGCCGCAUGCGUGCCCGCCGAGUCCCCUGUCGGGCCGCGCGCAGUCGCCUGGCGCACUGCGGCCGAGCCGCGGGGGGAACGCGCCGUCUUUGCGCGACCAGCUCUGGGAGCCGUGCCCGAGCGUGGCUCGACCUGAACAGCCCCGCGCGUCGAACAGCCGAGACAGGCCCCGAAGGCGCGACGUCCUUCGCGCCGACGCCGACAGGUGUUUCCGAAUCUCACUAGUUGGCGUUUCGCUGCUGCCGCUCUUGCCCCUCGAGUUUCCUUCUUCUCUGGGCACCCUCGCGCGCUCGUGCCUCUCUGGCCCCGCGGGUUCAGGGUGGUUUUCCGCCUGCGCUUUCGGCAGCCCUCUGGGGAAGUCGCCCGUGGAUGCCUUCGCUCCCAGCGGUCCUCAGCGCCCGUGCCUCCCUGACACGGCUUGGAACGCAUUCGCCUCGAAGGGCCUCGCGCCCGAGGCACUCUCUGGACCCGCGGCCGCGCUCGCUGGCCUGGCGUCGUUAGACCCAGGGACAACGUGCUUCCCGCCCCCGCGCCUCCCUCGGCGGUUCGUCACGAGUCUUCUCCGCGCACUCGCCGUCGUCCUCGACGGUUUCUGGUGGUUCGGCGAGUGGACGCAGCUCCACGUGGUCCGAAACCUCGUCUUCUUCUCCAGACUUCUCGGACUUCCGCCAGCGGUUACAGUUGACCCGUUACUUCCGCUCCUCUACUCAGAUCGACCGCCCCUCGUGCACGCGUUUCUGCGCCUCGUGGCUGAGUAUCCGCACUCGCUCAACCACGUCGUCGUCCGCCUCGUGCACCAGAAAGUCAGAGACCUCGCAACGAAUCCGAGUCUGAAGCCUCAUUUUCGGAUCCUCGCGCUCAGAUGGCUCUUGGCGCUGUUUGAUCUUCCCCUGUUUGCGCCGCUUUUCUUUCGCUCCCCGCCGUCUUUUCUCUAUCCUUCGGCCGGAGACAGCACAGCAGUCAAGGAACACCUUCUCCAGUUGCUGCUCGUCUACUACCAUCGUCGCGGCCGCUAUCUCUCAGCAGCGUUGCAAACCCCUUCUCGCCCCGCCUUCGCCCCUUCUCCGCUUAUGCUGUCUCGGAACGUUUCCCCGCAAAUCUCGGCCUCGCCCGCCUCUCUCCUCUCUGCGGGGCAUGCGGAGCCGGGGCUGAGAGGGAGGGAAAACGGUCGGUUCGAAGACCGGCUGCCGUCCAUGAAUCCGCUGCCUCUCCAGAGCUGCUCCCGCAUCAGGCAUUCGCUGUCUUCCGUGGACCUCGGGAACGCGGGAAGACCAGACCUUUUUUCGCCAGCUGGGGCUUUCGAAUGCUUUCCCAAUGCGACAAGUGCGAGGCGGCACGGCCAGGGCGGGAGGAGCGAGCGUCCGCACACCGUGGAUUUCGACGCGUUUCACCGUGCGAGCGAACGCGCCGCUGCUGCCUUCGCUGGACUGCCAGAAAACCUCCUGGAUGUCUGUGAGAUCCUCCAGGAAUUCCGGUACAGCACAGGCCCCGUCGGGGCCCAUGCAGUCGUCUAUCGCUUCCUGCUACGCCUUCUGCAAUUCCCAGGCCAGCCGCUGCGGGAGAAGGUCCACGCGUUCAUCUGCGAACAACUGAGUCCGCCUCCCACGCUCCCUAUUUCGCCGUCCUCGCGGCCGCUGUACACGAUGUCUUUCCUCGAUGUGCCGCCUGUGUCUUCCAGAUCUCAACCCACCAUGUUGAUGGCAAGCACCUUAGCCCUCAUGCAUCACCUGUCGAAAUGCCGCUCUUCCGCCUCGGCGCCUCCGCCCUCGUCUCGGGACGCUUUGGAGUUUGACCCAGGCCAGCGCCGGUGGCGGAGCGUCGUGGAAUCCCAGUCGGCGGUCGCGUACUCGCUGCUUCUCUCCCUUGGGGAGUUCGUGAAGAGGCUGGAACCGCCUUCCCACAUUCCCCAGUUCUUCCCGCUGCUGCUGCGCCUCGCGAUCGAGCCCGUUGUCUCGCCGCACAUGGUCCUCCAGGCGCUCCAUCGCCUCGUCGACGUCUCUGCGCGCGGCCCGCGGGGCACGCCAGCGGACGACCGAGAGCAGUGGGAAGUCGGCAUGAAACUCCUCGCCAUCUGCAGACAGCUGCUCGUAACGCACAGCCAAGCAAGGCUGUAUGAAGGGCUGAGCCGCCUGCUCCUGGAGUUCGCAGAGACUACGCCGUGCAUCGAUUUGAGAGACAAUGCCGUUUUGCUUCUCAAGGUCUUUACCCACGCGGGACGGCUUCCUCUCAAGUUGCUGCUGUCCCGAGGAGACCAGCAAAUGUUGCCGCUGAUGCAUCGACACCUAACGUGUGUCUUCCCGUCUACGUAUCGAAUUGAGGGCCCAUUGCCCUUCCUAACUCUGGAGAAGUCGCGCCGAGAGCGUCGAGAAAUGUGUGGUUUGUCAGACCACCAGGCUGCCUUCUUCCUGUCUACAGCCUUUUACACUCCAGGCGAGGCGGAGGCAGUGGCGGACGUGUUUGUCUUCUUCGAUGAAAACCGCGGCAACAGCGCGUGGGCCGACUGCGUACCCUUCUUUCUCGAGGACGUCGCGGCUUCCUCCGCGUCUGCAGAGCGAAAGUUCCCGACCCGCCGAAAUCGGAAUUACACCGUCAGAGAAGAGACAGACGCGCGCCGAAGAGACGCCUUACAGAUGAACGGAGACCCCGCGAGGGUGGCGGAGACGCACGUGGCAACUUGCGAGAGAUCUUGCUUCUCUGCGUUCCAGAAAUUCUAUGCCACGUGCUAUGAAUCCGACGACAAAACGAUCACUCUGCUCAACACGAUGCAUGCGCACUCGGGACACCACAGCGAAGCGAGAGUGUGGCGCUCUGCUGCGUUCGCUGCCGCCGACAAGUUGUCACGACCUGGACGAGACGAGGGACACGACGGCACCAACCGCGAUCUUUGCCAGUCCGGUCGUCAGUCGACGCGGAGCGGCUUCCUCGCCCGUCUGCAGCGCAUUUGCGCAUCUUCUCCGGUGAUUGUUCCACCUGCUGCGGAGGCUGCGUCUGAGCUCGACAACGUUUCCCCUUCGCCGAACGGUUCUCUCAGCACAUCUCUUUUGUCUUCUCAGGCUGCAACGGGAGAACACCAGCCAUCACGAGCCGCCCUGUCCUCGGGGUCUCUAGCUGGUCACGCACGUCUGUCUCCCUCGCCGUCGUUCUCGCCCUUCCUAGGCUCCAGUUGGUUUGUGGUGGACCUCUACCGUGCAUUCGUGACGGCGACUCCGUUCUUCAUUCGCAUCCCCUUCUGUCUGCGCUUCAAAAGCCCCAGGGACUGUCGCAAGGGACAGCCCGUCCGGUAUCUCAGUCGUGGUGCAUCCUCGUCUUCGCCGAACUCGUCACGUCCCCAAAACACGUCUUUCGCCACGUCUGCCCGCGGCUCGGUUCCUCCCGCAGCUGCGAGGGACAGAAGCGAGCCGUGGGAAAACGAGGCCGCCGGGGGCGUGAGCGAUGAAGUGGACGGACCGUUCGAGGGCCGGGGGCUGGCCGGCACGAGGGCAGAUGGCCGCGCAGUUCAGAAGAAUGCAGGCGACCAGAGACAGCUAGGAGGAUCCGGUUUCCUCGUCCACCGGCUCGACGCGCGCCGUGCUGAUCACAGGAGUGCGUCCCAAGGAAUGCUGACGGAAGAAGCCGCCUCGAUACCGGACAGCGGCCCUGGCGCUCACGGCCACCGCGUGGCGCUCGCCGAUGUCGAUCUGCCCCUUUUGACAGAGCUCUAUGGGAUUGAGUUGAUUUUCAGCCACUCCGAGGAUUACGCGCCCAUGAGAAGUGUCCGCCUGCCUUUUCUUCAAGACGCGUCUGUCCUGGCGAAGGCUCGAGAUUCUGACGGGACGAGACGGGUCAGACGCGAAGUGGCCGAAGUGGAUGAAGACGAAGAGGGCCGCGACCAAGGUUUCCCAUUCAUGUACAAAAUCGUGCUCAAACUGCAGCCGCAGCAGCCCGUACCCGCAAGCAUAGCGGUCGAUGUACGGUUCAGCGAUGCCGCGGGUGCGCUUUUCUACGGUCAGCUGGAGACUUUCUCAGUUUCGUUCCAGGACCUCUUCUUGCCAAUACUCGAAUUCGACCGAGACACUGUUCAAGAUAUGAUAGAGAUGACACUGAGACCCUUCCUGGUUGAGGAUCAUGUCUCAGAUGACUCCGAGGAUUUCGACUUCGAACAGGUAUAG